AUGCCCAUCAAAUAGACGUUGGUAGUUUGACAAUUGACAUUGAACUUUCUAGCAAAUACUCUUAUUCUGUUUCCCAGAAACACAAAACAUCAAUUUUACAGAGUACAAAUUUACAAACCAAAGACUGCAAAUCCAAAGCUGUUUUCAUAGAUUCACCAUAAAUUAAAUGCUCCUUUAAUUGCUGGGAUGACUGUUGCCGCCGCUGCUCUUGCUGGUAGGUAUGGAAUUCAAGCUUGGCAAGCAUACAAGGCACGUCCACCAAGACCUCGAAAGUUUUUUGAAGGUGGUUUUCAACCCAAGAUGACCAGGAGGGAAGCGGCUCUUAUCCUUGGCAUAAGGGAGAGUGCAGCUGCAGAGAAGGUCAAGGAAGCUCAUAGAAAGGUAAUGAUCGCAAACCAUCCUGAUGCCGGAGGAAGCCAUUAUCUUGCCUCUAAAAUCAAUGAAGCAAAGGACAUGAUGGUUGGGAAGCCCAAAGACAGCGGCUCUGCAUUCUAAUUUUGUUUUAAUCCUCGGAAAUAAAAUUAUUUUCCCGUCCCUCCACCAAAACCAUGGCUAGAUGCCUGCGCCUGUGUCUUCAAAGUUGGUGAAGGAACUCAAAUACCCUUUUUUUGGAAUUCCUUUGGAAAAGCAAAGGUGAAUGAGUAUAUACAGGUUGUUGUAGUUGGCUGCAAUUUUCGAACUUGUACACUAUUUGACUGGUAUAAACACCAGAUUUAUUGAUAUGAAUUGCUCUCAUUUUCUUAUCAUAUCAUGUUUGUUAUUGCAAUAUUGUAGUACUGUUAAACUUAAGCUAUUUGGAAUGGAAAUCUUUAUGGAAUUUUCA